GCACGUUCUGUUCCCAUGAGGCAACAGGGCAGCGCACGUUGCGUCGCGGCGGCCAAUGGGAGUGGAGGACGCUGGGGUACAUGGCAAGGUGAGCGGCGGGGCGGGGCUUGCUCUCCUCUCUCAAAGGGCUGCAGCUCCGGAGCUCGAGUUGCGGGGGUUACCGGCCGCAGAUCAGUCAAAAUGCAGACUCCAGUGGCUCUCCUUGCUUCUCCAGCUCUGUUCCGCUGCUGUUCCAGGGCUCUGGCAAGGCCGGUUUCCAUAUCUGUACUGAGCAGGCCUGAGACUCUUACUGUACAGCCCUCUGGUGUUUCCCAUCUACAGCUGGCUCACCGGGAAUUCCAAACGAGCACUACCUCUAGGGAUAUUGAUACUGCUGCUAAGUUCAUUGGUGCAGGUGCUGCCACAGUUGGGGUGGCUGGUUCAGGAGCAGGUAUUGGAACCGUGUUUGGCAGCUUGAUCAUCGGCUAUGCCAGGAAUCCCUCUCUCAAGCAGCAGCUCUUCUCCUACGCCAUCCUGGGCUUUGCCCUAUCCGAGGCCAUGGGACUCUUCUGUUUGAUGGUGGCGUUCCUCAUCCUGUUUGCUAUGUGAUCGCCUCUGGGCCGACCCAUAGCUUCCAUCACUCUGUGUCCUCUCCGGGUUGAGUCUGCCUCCUUCACCAGAGCGUUCCAGAUUUAUAAUUAAACAAGCUUUUCUCCUAAUAAA